ACCGCCAGGACUACACUUUGUCCUCGACGAUGUCUGCGAAUGAUACAGCGUUCAAGACGUUCUCGUUGACGAACGACAUACUGGAGGUGUCUCCAGAAGAUGAGAUAUAUCGAUAUGACAAGGAUGCCGCGAAGAGGCUCGAUAAGGAGGCCCCUUGGACAAAAGAUCCCAAACACUUCAAGAAAUGUAGAAUAUCUGCAGUGGCAUUGAUUAAGAUGGUCAUCCAUGCACGAUCGGGUGUACCGUACGAAAUUAUGGGCCUUAUGCAGGGCAAAGUUGUGGGAGAUGCGAUGGUCGUUAUGGACUCUUUUGCGCUACCUGUGCAAGGUACGGAGACGCGAGUGAAUGCUGCAAACGAGGCGAACGAGUACAUGGUGCAAUACAUUCAAGGGAGCGAGAAGGUUGGACGAUUAGAGAAUGCCGUUGGCUGGUACCACUCUCACCCAGGGUACGGCUGCUGGCUAUCUGGAAUCGAUGUCUCCACGCAGAUGAACAACCAGAAAUACACCGACCCCUUUGUUGCCGUCGUGAUCGACCCCAACCGCACCAUCUCCGCAGGAAAGGUCGACAUCGGCGCUUUCCGCACAUACCCGGAGAACCACAAGCCCGAAUCGAGCUCCAGCUCCGAGUACCAAUCCAUCCCGCUAAGCAAGAUCGAGGACUUCGGUGUUCACGCGGACCAGUACUACCCGCUGGAGGUGGAGAUAUUCAAGUCGAGUCUGGACAACGAGCUACUGGGCCUGCUGUGGAAUAAGUACUGGGUGAACACCCUCAGCCAGAGUCCGCUGAUUUCCAAUCGCGAGUAUGCCGUAUCUCAGUUGAGUGAUUUGCAUCAGAAACUCGCGAAGGCGCAGACGACCGUGCAGAGCUCGCGCCCUACCCUACCAUCGCUCAAAGACGACACUGAUGGCCCGAAGAAGGAAACAAAGAAGAAAGAAGACAGUCAGCUCACGAAGAGCGUCCGAGAUAGCAUGAAGAUCGCCGUGGAGGCGCAGCACGGCCUUAUCUCACAAGUCAUAAAAGAUGUGAUAUUCUCCCUUCGACCCGGUGCAACCCCGGCUGCAUCUUUAGCUCGUGCUGAGGAGGUCAUGGAUACGACGAUGUCUCUCAACUGAUUGGUGUUUUGCUAUCGGGCGCUAUCUCAUGUGAAUGAUAGAUUGUAUUGCAAUACAUGUGUAUUAUAGUGAAAUCAUUGCUCUGUCUGAGUGACCAGAUGUGCAAACCC